AUGGGGGACGCGGACGAGACGGCAGUUCCGGGGGAAACGGCGAUUAUUCCGCAGUCUGUCGAGGAUGAUCGAACCGAUACAAGACCCUUGGCUGCGACAAAUCGUGUUCACGAAGGUGGUGGUGGUGAUGUGAACGGCGUGCCGGUCGGGAGGGACGAUGCCAACAACGCCGCAGUCAAGUCGUUGCAGUUGUUGGAUCUUCCUAUGGACAUUCUCAAGGAUAUUGUCAAAGAGAUUACGCAUACCAACGACCUGACCUCCCUCGCCCUCACCUGCUCCACCCUGCACGCCCUGGCGAUCCCAAACAUGUACUCGCGCUUCGAUAUCGUGUGGCCAGAGACCCAGACCACCUCGGAAUCACAUAAUGGGGUCGAUGCGCUCUCGUACGGCCUGGCUACGCUGGUGAUGGGCGAGGACGUCUUCCACGAGGGGCCUCGAUCCACCAUCCCGUGUCCGUGCUGCGGGUAUAAAGAUAGAGGGGACCAACAAAGUCGAUCGGCGGCGAGUGGCCUGCGCCAUGUCCGCCGAGGGAAUUAUUACGCCCAGUAUACUCGCAAGUUCUCUGUGGGGAACGGGCCCUUGAUGUGGGUGCAGGAGUAUGCGGUCACCAAAGAGACGGGCAAAAUGCUGGGGACGCUGGUCGCCCUGGCCGUGGUGCGGAUGCUGAACCUCGAGACAUUCAUCUGGGACAUGCCGACGGGGGUCUUGCGGGACGUCUGGAUUGCGCUGGCUUCUCUGGCAGACCGGCCGGGCCAUGACUGUCGGCUAGAUACUGUUUGGGUACGAUGGCACGACAACUCGGAGAACGUCCUGCGAUCGCUGUCCAACGGGCCACUUCCGGCCCCGGGCGGCCUCUCGAUGCAUCCGGUUACCAACCCGACGUCGUCGUCGUCGUCGUCUUCGUCGUCGAUGCCAACGUCAUCUUCGCUCCAAAAGUACGCUCAUGUGGAGUAUCCCUCUCUGUCGAUGCUGCCGGCGUUGAAGAGCCUCACUGUCCUGGAUAUCGAUGAACCCUCCUAUCUGGAUGAGAUGGCUGUGCUUAUCCAACGGUCCUAUUCAAAGCUAAAGGAGCUACGUAUAGGUAUCUCCGCCAAGGCCGCAAAGGCGGAUUGGCUGAAGCCAUUGGCAAAUUGGGCGUACUCGGAUGAGCACCAGCAGCCUUCCCCGCCGGUAGAUAAUGGCUCUGGAUGGCCGAAACUGGCCGGUGCAUUGGAGGUACUCUUGGUGAAAUUUGAGGGGCUUGACCGGUCGACCGGUGAGGUUGGUAGAUUGGAAAAUGCCUUGGCUGGAGUACAGAUGACUACAGAACUGGAUCACCAAGAUCUCUUGUCCGCCCAAGGCCAGGAGGGAGUCAUAGACCGACCCAACCAGCCUAGCGGUACAGAAGAUGCAGAGAAUUCACAGACUGAAGGGUCGCAAGGGCAGCAGUCGUUGUCGAUUGAGGGACAGGGCAUGGGGCUCUCGUCUCAGCAGAUCCAGACGACGCUGAAGAAGUCGCGAAGAUUGAUCUCGGGCUCUGCCGCUCAUCCUGCGUAUGUUCAAUUGAAGUUGGAGACUCUUGAGCUUGAGCGUGUGAGUCUCUGUGUUUCCUUCACGUUUCUCGUGGUCGACUGGACGCGAAUCACGACAUUAACCAUUCUGCGAUGCGAAAACCACGAAAAACUCUGGCGAGCUCUACGACGCCGCUUCCUCCCCUCUGCAGCCUUCUCUCGGCAUCCGAAGAAGGGAACGAUGGGGGCUGACAGUUCGAUCUCACCAUCCGAAUAUGCGUUGAAGAUCAAGAAUCUUCACACGGACGCCGUCUCGCCUCCCCUCUUAUCAUUUCUCAAGGAUAGCAUUGCUCCGAAUACCCUUGAGAGUGUUUUUCUGCAGGAAGGCCCUGCGUACGACUCGGUGGUCAGCAUCGACGCCAUCUACCGCAGUAUCAUCCGCAAGCAUCGCCUCAGCCUCAAAAAGAUCCUGGUCGACAGUGCGGAGCGGUCCUCCACCACGGGGAUGGAAAUCGUCAACAACACGCGCUGGCGCAAGUGGAUGUUUCCGCGCGAGAUGAUCUCGUUCAUAACUAGUGGACGCAUGCCGCAGCUCCGUGAGCUGGGUAUGGCUAUCCACUAUAAGGACUGGCACUUCUUCCUUCAACGACUGCCAUACAUCCCUCAUCUCCGCGCGCUGUACGUGACUCACAUGGGCCACCUCAUCCAUCGAGACCCCAAAGAAUUAGUCUUACAGAUCCUGGACAUCAUCACCAUCCGGCCUGAGGUAGGGCUGGGCUACGUCGGGGUACACUCCAAAUGCUACGAGAUCCUCGAGAGCAAACGUGGCGACAAAGACGACGACUCGGAUGACCCGGACGACCCGCAAAGCGAAGCCCUACACCCUGACCCCAGCGGGAGCGGCUACGAGGACGAGGAAGAGAAUGACAGCGACGACAGUCCGUCCGAGGUCGGCUCGGAGGAAGUCUCGGUCGCGGAGCGGUCCUCCUCCGAGGAUGACGAGGACGACGAGGACGACGAGCAUGCAGCGGACGCGAAGCGAGCGAGCUUCCGGCUGCGCGAGAUUCUCUUCUACGACGACAAGAUUUCAAUUUUCAAGGUGCGACACGGGGUGUUGUAG